UUGAAGACUUCAAAAGUAAAAAAGAAAUUGAUCAUUUAUUUAAAAUUUUCUCCAGGCUGGAAUAACUGGGUUUAAAUUAUUGUUUGAAUUACAUGUAAAUAUAUCAAUGUAGAGUUUCACUAUAUUAUUCUUUUCAAACAUUAUCAAUUCCAAAAAAUAUUGGCACCCCCAAUUAAAAUGCAAUGAUAGGUUUAAUCAAAUCACAGCGCUGAAAAGUUUAUCGCAAAACUAUGGAACCUUUUCUGUCUUUCCCUGAAUGUACGGUAUAUUCAUAAGAAACUUUGAUUAGGAUUUAUCUUCACCCAGAUCUUAACAUCCCGGCAGAAGAAAUCAGAUAUUGAAUUAAAUUUAUGAUGCUGCUAGUCUUCCAUUUAAACUGCUGCAAAUUAUUUGAAACUCACAGCAUCGAUGAUGUGUUUGAAUAGAUUUUGUACUUGUGUAUUUUUAUAUAUGGGACGUGGUAGCUUAGUGGUUAAGGUUUUGGACCACUUCUCCACCACCAAGUAUCCACAGCUGUGCCCUUUUACAAAGCAUCACUUCUCCAGGGUUCUUAUCUGAUUCUCCCUAUUUUCUCUCAUCUCCCCAAAGCAUGCAGGUGGAUGAACCUUCCCCAUGAACUUCCCCAUGAUGUGAACAAUAUGUUUUUCCACUUACAAAUUUCAUUUUCCCCUUCAUAUAUCCUUGAAAGGUGUAAAUCUUUUUGCUUCUUCGUGUAUCUAGUUUCUCUGGGUACAAAUGACACAUAUCUUUUCUAUCUAUCUAUUCUCUUGAAGGUUGCCAAUAAUCGUGACUUCACAGCAGAAAGGCAUAAGACUCAGAAGCAUGUGAUAUGAUGCGUCCGUCUUUCCAGCUGUCAUGGCAUUGCAACAGCUUUCUCGACUACAUGCAUUCGUGCACGUUCACUAAUCUGAGUGAGAUAUUGAAUUUCUAAAGCAGAUUUCUAAAAUGCAUUUAACAAAAAAAAGAAAAAAUAAACAACAACAACAAUAACAACAACCCACCUGGUGAAAUACGCAGGCGUCGUUUAAACACUCGUCUUCCAGCUGUGACUUAAUUCCAGCUACAUGUAGACUUUAAUGUAGACCACCUCUGACAUUUAGAAGCAGAUCCCACUGGGAGGUGUAGUUUUAACCCAACAGUGAUAUGGAAUAUUAUUAUUAGUACCAGGCGUCAGUGAAGAGGCUAUAUCCAUUCAUGGCUAUAAAUAAUACAUGAUCUAACCUGUGACGGAUAAGGUCAGGAGUCUACAUGGUACUAUAUAUUUCAGUGAUUGGGAACAGAUCACACGAUGCGAACUGCAUUUCCCAGAAUGCAUCCUCACUUCUGCAGCCACAACAUCUGGAUUACGGCGCGUGCAUGAUAAUAAUUACACCUGUCGUGAAUAGAGCUCGUGCCGUCUGAAUAGAAAAUUAUAUCCGACACACUGACUAAUUAAGCCGGAGUGUCUCAUUACGGAUAGAUGAUCUGGUCCGGGUUGAAUUAUUCAUCGCAAGGUAAACAAGGUGAUGAGAGGAAAUGGUGAUUAAUGCUGGGGUUUUUAUAGACAAGCCCCUGUCCUGCUCUCCGGCUGCGCACGCGCGCGUCUGUGCGCUAUAGUGCACGGUUAUAAACAUGAUAUAAACAGGAUUAUACUGAUUAUAAGGAGACAUUAGUGAUGGGUACGGUGCUGCACGAGAGGUCUAGACAUAAUGACCCCAGUCAUCUCCGGACAUGUAAUAACCGGGCAAAGAGGAAAUCAUCAGGAUCGGGAUCAAGUCAAAGGAACGCUCACCCUGAUAUGCCACAAAAUGCAGAACAAGGCCCAGAACAUGAUUCUUUGCUAUUGGAGAAUGGUUCACAAUCCCGUGAGAUGAGGAUGAUCUCUACAGCUGCCGUUAUUCAUCCAAGUAAGAUGCUGAACAAGCCAAAGUACAAACUCUCCUCCGUUAAACAUCCACUGGAAAGACGCUGCAAACAGAAGACGAGGCAAAGCGGUGAAAAAGACACGAUGCCGGUGCACCUGCCUCCUGUGUCUGUGCCGAGACAUGAGUCAACAAAGCAAGUGACACCCGAGGACACGGAUAGCGGCAGUGACCUUUCAGACAUGGAGAGGCUCGCACAGUCUGCGUCCAUCUCUGAUCCGCCGCUACUACACCUACGAGAAGAAGUCAUCAAUCCCUCCGACUUCCAACCUUCAUGUGCUCCGUCUAGGUCGCAUGCCAUCUCCCGUGACAACUACCCUGACUUCUUGCCUCCGCCUUUUAACUCCUGGAGUCUCAGAGACCUGGCAGUGUAUUUAAACACGGAUGGUAAAAACAUCUCUCGCUCCAAGCCUAGCAACCAUUUUGAGAGAUACUUGGACCGACUUUUGCAGCUUGAAUGGCGGCAAAUCAUGACGCUUCAUGAGGAGAGCAGCAAGUCUACGUGGCUUGUUCGGCGUAGACGGCAUUUCAACCUCAGUGCCCCGAAAAGCAUCCUGCAGUGCCAGCGUGCCUUCCCCUUCACCUUACUGUCAUCUGUUCAUCCACAAAUCUCAAACCGUUACCCAGUCUCCGGAUGCACGUACCCUCACCACACGCACCCGGUGACGGAAAAAAGUGUUUCUAGAAGGAGCAGCAGUGAGACUCGGGCUCAUCGACUCAACAGAUUCAGCGAUUCAUCUUUGGACCAUCUGAAACGCAUGCAGGCAAUCGGGAACAUCCGUAACCCACCAACGCACAGUCCUCACAUCAACAGUCCUACAGGUCUAGAUGCUCAGAGGAGAAAAACCUCGGCGGGAAGGAGCCGAUCCUGUGGGGACGAGAGCAAAGAUGGCUGUAGAAGAAUGAGAGCUGAUAGAAGAACAGAACCUCGGCGUGUGAUAGAAUCGAAAUCAUUAGAUGUUACUGGUUCUGAGACAGAACCAGUCGCUGGAAGGACCGCUGGGAAACACAAGCACGUCGAGUUUGUUUUUCAGGAACAAGAAAUGACAUGAAUGUUCUCAUUUAAAGCACUGUUUACAUAGUAAUAUCUACAAUAAAGUGUUUACAUAGUGUUUCACUUCCUAAGCGUGUUCUAGGAAGAGAUGAAGAUAUAAAAACCAGCGAAUAAACUAGAAUAUUUAAACCAAGGUUCCUCAGUUUUCGUGUUUGGGAAAACAUUUGAAUAUUCUGUGUCUUCAAUUAUUAUUAUUUGCAUCUUUUUCAAAUGACAACUAUUUUAAAAAGCUAAGAACAUCAAACUAUUAAAAGAACCUCAAUAAGAACCCCACAGAGGAACAUUUACAUUUACAUUUACAGCAUUUGGCAGACGCCCUUAUCCAGAGCGACGUACAUAAGUGCUUAAAUCUCUAACAUUGAAUACAUUUGUUUUAAUACUAAAGGUUGUUUUUCUAAUAAAAAAGAAUGUAUUUCUGUGAAUGGAAGCAAAUUUCAGUCAGGUUUCUCAUAUGUUCGACGGUUGGUUCAUUUUUUUCACUUCAUACAGGUUCUCGGACUCGCCUAAGUCUUCAACAUAAAACCUACAAUUAAGAGUUUCCUCUAUAUUAUUGGUCUAGAUUAUUGAAGAUUAUUUUCUUUGAGGUCAUUAAUGAUGGUUAAUAGAUUUAAUACAUGGUUUGUAUUCAGCUGUGUUCAUUAUAUUC